CCGGUUUCCCAUGAUCAAGUUUUUCCUACUUCCGGUAGUUUCAUCCUUGUGCCUGGUAGUAGGACAGAGCUCGGGUGGCAGCAGUGAGGUGCUGUGAAAUGGUGAUGGGCUUACUGAGACCGUGCAUCCGAGUAUCGCUGCCCUGCAUAAAAUUCUCCAGAUUCCAUCAUGAUGAUUCCAGUAAAGGAAAACGCAGAUUACUGUCUCUUGUAUAUCAGCCUCAUAGCCUGUGGGAGGAGAAUAUACCUGUCGUGGAACCUAAACCCAAUGAACUUACAAGUAGAAGCCAAAAGCUUAUGACCAAGGCAGGAUUGAUUAGGUCUUUUAGUCCUGGCUGUUUUCACUAUCUCCCAUAUACUGUGCGUGCAAUGGAAAAGCUCAUCUUGUUGAUAGAUAAAGAAAUGCAGAAGAUUGGGGGGCAGAAAAUUGAUAUGCCCAGUCUGUGCUCUGCAAAGCUCUGGAGACAGAGCGAGCGCUGGGAUCUUGUUGGGAAAGAGCUCUUCCGUCUGCUGGACAGACAUAGCCAGGAAUAUUGCCUGGGGCCCACACACGAAGAGCUAGUUACCCACCUUGUGGCCACAGAUGGCGGGGUCAACUACAAACAGCUUCCUCUGUUGCUUUAUCAGAUCACACGUAAAUUCAGGGAUGAGCAGAGACCGUGCUUUGGAUUGCUGCGUAGCAGAGAAUUUUAUAUGAAAGACAUGUACACAUUUGACAUAUCGGAGCAGGCAGCACAUGAAACCUAUAAUAAUGUAUGUGAGGCCUACUCAAAACUCUUUACCCGACUAGGUCUGAACUUUGUGAAAGUGCAAGCAGAUACAGGCAGCAUUGGAGGGAAAAUGUCACACGAGUUCCAUCUGCCUGCAAGUGUUGGAGAGGAUAGACUCAUGGUGUGUGGCAGCUGUGAAUUUGCGGCCAAUGUGGAGACCUUGAAGCAAGAGGACGGACAUUGCCCUGUGUGCAGAGGACAGUUAAAAGAAACCAAAGGUAUUGAGAUAGGGCACACCUUUUAUCUGGGCACCAAGUAUUCUCGUGUAUUUAAUGCCACCUGCUACAACAUUCAAAAGAAACAGUCUUUAGCAGAAAUGGGUUGUUUUGGGAUAGGUGUUUCAAGAUUGUUGGCUGCUUCUAUUGAUGUUCUCUCUACUGAAGAUGAAAUUCACUGGCCUAAGCUAAUUGCUCCAUACCAGGUGUGCCUGAUUGCUGCCAAAAGGGGAAGCAAAGAGGAAGCUGCAAUAUCUCUUGCGGAACAACUUUAUGAUGAUGUGACCAAUGCUGUUUACCACCUGCAAGAUGAGAUUAUUUUUGAUGAUAGAAGUUAUUUGACUAUUGGAAAAAGGGUAAAAGAAGCUCAUAUGAUGGGGUACCCAUAUGUGAUAGUCUCAGGCAAGAAGGCUUUAGAGAGCUCUCCACUGUUUGAAGUCAGAAGCCACAAUACGGGUGAGAUGCAGUUUCUGUCCAAAGAAGGUGUCAUUGAAUUUUUAAAGAAAGUUUGUACAGUACAGAAUUUGUGUGACUAGUUGGUCACAAUCUGCAAUAAUGUUCCUUAGACUAUCAGCUGUAGUGGGUUUUAUUUAUAUUUUUCUAAGGUGUAGUUUAUUGAAUGUAAACUAAGAAAUAAACACUGAUGACAUUUGGUAAA